AUGUCUUCGCCGUCUUGGAUUUUGCUGCUAUCUUCUGCUUUGUGCUUGAUCCUGUGCGUUCAUGCAACAACACCCACCUGGGAAGAUCAAGAAAGUGGUCCAUUUGUUGGGCAUUUAGUGAAGAGGGAUGACCGGAAACCGCUGAUUUCAACUGAAUUCGGACAAGUUUCCGGUGCUAAAGUCGGUGAUGGGAAUGAGACGUUUCUGCUUCACUUCAUCACCUUAGAGCCCAAUGCCCUGUUUCUCCCUGUUAUGCUACAUCAGGAUAUGCUCUUCUAUGUCCAUACAGGGAGUGGGAGGCUGAGCUUCAGAGGUGAUAAUGGAAUGGAGACGAUGGAUGUAAGAAGAGGUGAUGUGUUUAGGCUGGAAACAGGCUCUGUUUUCUUCAUACAGAGCCAUUUAGGUACCACUAGACAGAAGCUUAGGAUUCAUGCAAUAUUUGGUGAUACCGGAGAAGAUUUGAGAGAUCCAAUUCCAUAUGGACCGUAUUCAAGCUUAAGGGACUUAAUUCUUGGAUUCGACCAGAGAGUCCUUCAAGAGACCUUUAAGGUUCCUGAAGAAGUGAUUGAAGAAAUUAGAAGUGCACCGAAGCCAGACCCGAUCACCCAUGGAAAUGCAAGCGCGCAGGAAUCUGGCAGGUCUAAGGGGGAUUAUGAGUUCAUAGAAAGCGUACUAAUGAGCAGAAGUGCCGUUUAUGGCAUUUUCGACCCCAGCAAUAAAGACAAGAAGAGGAAAUCCAACUUGUACAACUUCUUCAGUGGAAAACCAGAUUUUGAGAAUUGCAAUGGAUGGAGCUCAACUCUUACAAAGAAAAAGACUUCCCUCUUGAAGGACUCCAAGUAUGGCCUUUUCAUGGUUAAUCUUACCCAUGGAGGAAUGAUGGGUCCUCAUUGGAAUCCAAGGGCGACCGAGAUUGCAGUAGUACUCCAAGGAAAAGGAAUGGUUCGAGUGGUUUGUCCAGGUUUAAUAUCAGAGGCAGAGUGCAAAAAUGCCAGGUUUGCAGUUGAAGAAGGUGACAUUUUUGUUGUGCCAAGGUUCCAUCCCAUGGCGCAGCUGGCUUUCAACAAUGACACAUUAGUUUUCAUGGGAUUCAGCACGUCCCCGAAGAACAAUCAUCCUCAAUACUUAGCAGGGAAAGCGUCAGUCUUGAGGACUUUAGACAGGCAUAUAUUGGCAACAUCUUUUGGAGUUAAUGAAACAACAUUUGACAGAAUUGUGAACCAACAAGGUGAAUCUGUUAUCUUGGAAUGCCUGUCCUGUGCAGAGGAGGAAUUUAGCAUCUUGUCUGAAGAAAUUCAGAGGGAAAGAGAGGAGGAAAGGAGGAGGGAAGAAGAGGAAACCAGAAGGAAAGAGGAAGAGCGGAGACGACAGGAAGAAGAAGCUAAGAGAAAAGAAGAGGAAGAAGCUAAAAGGAGAGAAGAGGAGGCAGCUAGAAAGAGAGAGGAGGAGGAAAGGAAGAAGAGGGAGCAAGAAGAAGCGGCAAGGCGACAGAAGGAGGCUGAGGAGGCAGAGAGGAGGAGGGAAGAGGAAGAAAGAGAGAGACAACAGCAACAACAAGAGCAAGAGCAACAAAGGAGAGAACAAGAAGAAAGGGAAGCGAGGCAAAGACAGGCGGAGGAAGAGAGACAGCGACAACAGCAGCAAGAAGCGCAAAGGAGAGAACAAGAAGAAAGGGAAGCAAGGCAAAGGGAGGAGGAGGCACAAAGGCAGAAGCAGCAGCAGGAAGAGGAGGCAGCCCGGAGGAGGAGACAGGAACAAGAGGCAAGAGAAGCAGCUGCAGCAGCAGCACGAGAAGCGGAGCAAGAAAGAGAAGCAGCAGCGAGAAGGGAGGAGGAAGCUGCACGCCGACAGGAACAAGAAGCACAAAGAAGGCAACAAGAAGAAGCUGGCCAAGGAAGAGGCGGAGGAGCUGGAGAACGCCAAGAAGGCGGGGAAGCUGCAGCUCGAAGGGAGGAGGAAGCUGCAAGACAGGAAGGACAACCUACGCCAGAGCAACAGUAG